AUGGAUUCCAGCGGAGGUGGAGCACCUGAACCGCGCUGCCCCCAAAACGACACUGGAUGCAAGCCUCUCACACGCCUGCAGCCACGGGGUGCAGCAGCUGCAGCAAAGGCUGCAACAUCACCUACCUGGCGGCGCCGAGCGAGUGACGACGCACGCAGCAAAGCCCCGGUGCCCUGGCCAGCUGAGGGCACUGGCGCUGAGACGGCUGGCACUGGGCUGCGUCCGGCACAGGGUCUCUGGCCCCCAGCACACCUAUCACCUGUAAGCGCCCUAGCGGACAUUUUCUUGCAACCACCCGCACCACCCAAGACACGACCGCACACGUCCAGGUUGCCAACCAACGGGGUACGAAUACAGGGCUCCAGUUCCCCGACGGAUGCGAGGAUGAGACGGCCCGGCAACACACCCGGCUGGGAAGUCUUGGACGGAGGGCCAAGGCUUGGUUGGAGCUGA